ACGAAGUUGCUUUUAAUUUAGAUGUCUGAUUAUUUUUACUUUUAAAAGCUUUAGGAGAAAGGGAAACAGUUUGUUUCUGCAAAUCUCAACAAUAAUUAUUUCUUAGGCAGUUGAUGCUUACUAAGAUGAGGUUUUCAUUUUUUUUAAAAAUUAAAUGAAUUUAUUUUCUUAGUAACUUAGAUGCAUAUCAUAGUACAAAAACUAUUCAUACAUUAUUUUAAAAUUCAAAAAGAUUAACUCUUUAAUGAUAUCAGUAUUACUUCCGCGCAAUAUUUUUCACUACUGUUAAUAAUUUUUUCAAAUUAUAAUUGUAUUCUAUAACAACAGUUUUCAAUAAUUUGUACACAUAUGGGUACUGCCUUUGUGCACAUGCGUGCUUCAAUGAUAUUAAAAAUACUUUUGUAUGCAAUUACCUUUGCUAUUAUCAAGAAGACACUUUUAAACAUAAUGUUGACAAAUUAAUCCUACAUAUAGGAGCAUUAUCAUUUUACUAUAUUUAAAUCAAAAAGUUCGAAUCCUUUUUGAAUGUUUUACUUUCUUAUUUGAAAAGUGAACAGCUCGUUGCUGUUGUCUCUCUUUCUUAAAAACAAAAUGAGUUUUCUCUCGUCUAGUGCUGCCAUCUGUAGAAUUAUUCAUACACCAUCUAGAAAUUUCACUUUAACUGUAAGCCUUGUUUCUGGAAGAAAGUUCUAGCUUUUUCUAAAGGAACUGGGAGCAGGUGCCGCGAUUAUAUAAAACAGAGCGUUGGAAACGCAAUUUAAAAAACAUUUGAAAUGCUUUCUAUCAAUUGUGUAAUUUUUGAGAUUUAUUACGGUAUUGCUAUCUGUGAAAGAUUUUUUCUUCACGCUUAAUUCAGAUUAACGAAUUCGUGUUGUAUUUUGAUGUAAUUGGUGAUAUCAUCAGCUGGUCUAAGAGUGAACUAAAUAACGAAUUUGUUUUUCCUACUUCUCGCAGGAGAAAUAGUGUUCUGGUAUUGUGUAUAAAAUGUCCCUGGCGGAUCUUUUCGAUGAUUAUCUUCCACUUUUGCCUACUAUUGAACAUCGGAGACGUCGAAAUCGACCAUCGAUGUUAAAUCUCUUGGAUCAGAGAGUUAAAUCUCUUGGAUCGAAAACGAAAUGGAUCAGAGAGUUGGCCAUGUCUUUCGCCGAAUACCAGCUGCCUUGUUGGAUUGGGACGAUGAUUACGAGCUCACUAACAGCAGAAAGCGAAAACGCAAAUCCCAUGCCAUAUCAGUUUAUGAACCGAAAACCAAAUGCCAAGUGACGACGAAAGACAAUAAAUUUCAAGUUCAUAUGGAUACGUCCAACUACCAGCCUGAAGAAAUAACUGUGAAAGUAAUUAACGACAAACUGUCCAUUUCUGCUAAACAUGAAAUCAAAGAUGAUGUAUAUGAAUAUCAUGAAAUGACUAGAUCCUUCAGCUUGCCAGAAGGAGUAGAUCCUGAUACGGUAGUAUCUCGAUUAAAUGCAAAUGGACAUUUGACCAUCGAAGCUCCAAUGCAACCAUCCAAGGAUACCUCUAGUAGAGUGGUUCCUGUAGAAAUGGUGAAAGAUACCACAUCAGAUAAAGAGGUAGAAAAUUCGGAUAAACAAAUGCAGAACAAUGAUAAUAAAUAAUAGUCUUAGAGAUAUUAAUUGUAAGAACUUUCCAUAUUUAAAAUGUGUUCAUCAUGUAAAUUAAACAUCUGUCAUUUAAAUAGUCAAUUCAACUAUUUGCUUACUAAGACA